AUGAACAGCUUCUUCUGGGUGCUGCCGAGGCACAUCAGAGUGCAUCACUUUAACACUGGAAAUUCACUCAAGAUAUUUUUCCAGGCUCUCUGGUGGCUGGUCUUUGGAAUAAUCCUACUUUGUUCCCCAGCACGUUGCUCUGUCUUUAAAAUUGGACUGCUUGGACCCUGGAAUUGUGACCCCCUCUUUUCCAAAGCCUUUCCCCAAGUGGCUGCCAGGUUAGCUGUGGGACGAAUAAGCAGAGACCCUUCAUUAGAUCUUGGCCACCGGCUGGAUUAUGUGAUCCUGCAAGAAGAAUGUGACACACCAAGAGCUCUGGUUAGAUUUUUUGACUUUGGAAAGCUUUCCUCUGCUUUUAUAGGCCCUCUAAACCCUGGCUUCUGUGAGGUGGCUUCAUAUUUAGGGGAAAGCUGGAAUAAAGCUAUCUUCUCAUGGAUGUGCAUCAAUUAUAAAUUGGAUUCCACCAUCCACCAUCAUGCAUUUGCAAGAACUCUGCCCUCUCCAACCCAAAUUUUGCUUACAAUAAUGAAAUAUUUUAAGUGGGCUCAUGUUGGCAUCAUUGCAUCCAGUGAGGACAUUUGGAUGUACACAGCCAAGGAGUCAGCAACUGCGCUCAGGAGCCACGGGCUACCUGUGGUCAUUGUUACCUCUGUGCAUAAGGGAGAAAAAGGCAUUGAAGACACCUGGAACAAGAUUAAAGAAGUUAAUAACAUUAAAAUUAUACUCCUGUGCAUGCAUUCUGUUCUCAUCGGAGGGCAGGAACAGGCCGACUUACUCACAAAAGCUCUGGAAAUGGGACUAGCAGAUGGAAGAUACGUCUUUGUUCCAUAUGACACUUUGCUGUACAGUCUUCCUUACCAAAACAACUCAUUCAGUGUCUUUGAUAACAACAGCAAGCUCCAGGAAGCUUAUGAUGCUGUGCUGACCAUCACACCGGAGUCUGGAGAAAGGACUUUCUAUGAUGCAUUCAGGGAAGCUAAAGAAAGUGGUGAAAUAAUCAGGGAUUUGGAAGCUACACAGGUUUCUCCACUCUUUGGAACAAUCUAUGAUGCCAUUUACUUCAUGGCAAUGGCAUUGGACAGUGCACGGAGGAAAGGAGUCAGAGCCUCAGGAGCCAACAUAGCUGAGCACACAAAAAACUUCAGCUUCCCUGGAUUUAGUCACUGGGUAGAGACAGACAGCCGUGGGAAGGGGCUGAACAACUAUGUGAUACUGGACACAGAUGGCCAUGGGAACCAGCUUUUCCCAACCCAUCUGCUGGAUAUGUCUUCAGGCUCUGUGUUGUCCCUUGGCCAGGCCAUCCACUUUCCCAAUGAAGUUCCACCCAAACCAGACUCCAGCUGUUGGUUUGAUCCAGAUGUUCUCUGCACUCAAGGUCCAUGUCCUUCGCAGAGUAUCUUGAACAACCAGCUAUUCAGGGGUCCAAACAAGAUAAUACUGACCUCGGAUGAUCUCAUCUUCAUCAACCCAGAGCUACAUAGAAAGAGGCUGACCUUGGACAGUCUGACUGAUGCAAACAGCAUAGCACUCAAGAGCAGAAGCCUGAAGUCCAUAACCCGCUCUGCUUCCUUGAAAAGCACUGUUGCCACCCAUGAAACCUCCAAUGUGGCUUUGUAUGAGGGAGACAGUGUGUGGCUGAAAAAAUUUGAGAUGGGAGCAAUUCACAAGCUGCGGCAAAGCUCCACCAGCAUCUUAAGGAAGAUGAAAGAUCUGCGUCAUGAAAAUGUGAAUCUGUUCCUGGGCUUUUUCUCUGACUGUGGCAUCUUUGCCAUAGUGACGGAGUACUGCUCACGAGGCAGCCUGGAGGACUUGCUGAGAAAUGAGGAUAUGAAACUGGACUGGAUGUUCAAGUCCUCACUUGUGAUGGAUCUAAUUAAAGGAAUCAGAUAUUUGCAUCACCGAGAUUUUGCCCAUGGACGUCUCAAGUCUCGUAACUGUGUUGUGGAUGGCCGGUUUGUCCUGAAGAUCACUGACUAUGGUUAUAACGAGAUCUUAGAGGCACAGAAAUGCCCUUAUAUUCAGCCAUCCCCAGAAGAAUUGCUCUGGACAGCUCCUGAGUUACUGAGGGACCCAGACAUGUGCAGAAAAGGCACAAUCAAAGGGGAUGUUUACAGUUUUGCAAUCAUCCUACAAGAAGUGGUUGCCCGUGGUCCACCUUACUGCAUGUCAGAACUCUCAGCUGAAGAAAUUAUAAAGAAAGUAAAGAAGCCCCCUCCCCUGUGCCGUCCAAACAUAGCUCCUGAGGCAGCCCCCCUUACAUGCAUCCAGGUAAUGAAGCAAUGCUGGGCUGAAGCCCCUGAACGACGUCCAACCUUUGAGGAGCUAUUUCAUAAGUUCAAAACCAUCAACAAAGGGAAAAAGACCAAUAUCAUUGACUCAAUGCUCAGGAUGCUUGAGCAGUACUCAAGUAACCUGGAAGAUUUAAUCAGCGAGCGGACUGAAGAGCUGGAGGCUGAAAAACAGAAGACAGAAAAACUGCUGUCACAAAUGCUUCCACCAUCAGUGGCAGAAGCCCUCAAGACUGGUGGCACUGUGGAACCGGAGUAUUUUGACCAGGUGACCAUCUACUUCAAUGACAUUGUGGGCUUCACAUCCAUUUCAGCCCUCAGUGAACCCAUUGAAGUAGUUGACCUUCUGAAUGACCUUUACUCUCUGUUUGAUGCUGUUCUUGGAAACCAUGAUGUUUACAAGGUGGAGACAAUUGGUGAUGCCUACAUGGUGGCUUCAGGGCUCCCAAAACGGAAUGGGAACAAGCACGCAGCUGAAAUAGCCAACAUGUCCUUGGACAUCCUCAGCUCCGUGGGAACGUUCAAAAUGAGGCACAUGCCAGACAUUCCCCUCAGGAUACGAAUUGGGCUGCACACAGGGCCUUGCGUGGCCGGCGUGGUGGGGCUGACCAUGCCGCGGUACUGCCUCUUUGGAGACACGGUGAACACGGCGUCAAGAAUGGAGUCCACGGGCCUGCCUUACAGAAUUCAUGUCAGCCAAAGUACAGUGGAUACGCUUCGGAGUCUGAAUGAAGGCUAUGAAAUCAUACCCAGGGGAAAAACAGAACUGAGGGGUAAAGGAGUAGAAGAAACAUAUUGGCUGGUUGGGAAAAAAGGCUUCCAGAAGCCCUUACCUAAACCUCCUGAAAUAAAGCCGGGCCACAACUGGCCAGAUGUACUGACCAGGAAAUUGAAAUCUGUCCUGAGGGACACAAAGAGGACACUAAGAAAAGCAAACUUUAAAGAGCUGGGAAGCAUGAAGGAGGCUGGGAUAAAUUUUGGAGAGAAUGAAAUCCGAGAAGAACAUGGCAAAGAACUAGAAGGAUCAGGAGGGAUGCCUUGA